AAUCAGACCUGGAAUCUUUUCCCAAAUUUCACCCCCAAAAUACACUCCCAAAACAGAUUUACAAGAAGAUAAACCUCCUAGCAUCUAUCCGUCUCGUCCUCUUCUUCCCAAAUCGUGCAGUGAGAGGGUUAGGGUUUUAUUGCGGACUGGAUCAUGUCAAACCUGUAAAGCGUCCGCUGUUCGCCGCUGCAGCCACCUUUCGAUUAAAUGGCAUCGUCGCCUGCGUUUUUCGUGAUUUGCAUCUUGCACUCUCUGAUAGCUAUGACCUCCGGGGCCUUGAUGAUGUUCUACAUGAAGGAGGUGUACACAUUUGGGCAUGGGGUGCAGACAGCGACGAAGCUAUUGGGAUCGACUCCCCAUGACCAGCUAUUGAUCAAAACCUCCGAUUCGUUUUCCGGGUUGCUGCUCGUCGCUAUCGGGUUCCUUCUCUUCAUGGUUUCCUUCGUCAAGGACAGAGAUUUUCAGGUAUUUUUCGCCAAAGGCUGUACAGUUCUUCAUGUGUUCAUGGCUAUGUGGAGGAUUUACUUCGAAAGGAAGGUGGAGGAUCUCGCCUGGGACUGGCUCAGGCAGACUGUUGGAGAUAUUCUGUUGGCCCUGUCGUGGGUUUUCUUUCUUGUUUAUUCUUGGAGAGAGAAGUAUGAUUAGCGUUGGCUCCCAAUCCUAUUUUUGCUCAUCGGUAUAAUUCCCAGCUUCAAAUUAAAUCUUGUAAAAGUUGAAUUUCUGAUAAUUUUAUCUCGGGGUGGUCUGGAAUUUUAUUUUGGCUGUGAAUGACUUCCCCAUUUCACUUGUGGAGAAAACAGAGGAAUGGAGCGUAUUCAAUAAAUUCUACAUCUCUGUCUGCAAAAAUUCUCCUUGCUAAAACAUUUUUAUGUCAAUACAUGAAUAUUGUUUUCUCAGAAUACUAAGCUUUCAAAGAGAGUUUUUUUGGAUUUGUGGACCAGGCACGGAAUCAAUUUCUAUGAUAAUUUCCGUGCUGGCAACGGUGUUCCGAUGGUUUACUUCAUGGUUGUGAUUUCAAGUCUAUUAAAAUGGUUUAUUGAUGAAUACUUGGUGAAAGUCGAAGUUGGCUGUGUGUCAAGGUUGAAAAAGUUGACCAGGUAAGAAAUCCGCAAUUGCAUGUUUCUUCUUUUCGUGGAUUAUGUGCACAUCAAUUUAAUUUCUGAGUUGUUUAUGUAAAAUUUAGGAUUACAGAAUCACCUGUUUAUUUCUUUUUAAAGGAUUUUUGCACUCUUUAGACUGAGGUGAUGUUUUCUUCACCUAGCGCCAUCAACGCUGAAUUGCUAUGAUUUAUGGUAUUUCUUGACCUAUGCUGUGGGAGUGGAAACAGCAUAUUUGUUUGGCUUUUCUCUUGGUAGCACUAGAUUUUUUCUGCAUUGUGAUUUAAGUGACUUUAGCAUAAGCUACAAGAUUAACACGAAAAUAAUAACACUAGGACCCAUAAAAUUGUCUCCAAAUUUAUACUUGAACAUUAAGCGGUUCCAUAUAGACCUGCGCUUUGCCCGGUCGCCCUGAGAUUUUUCAGUAAAAACUCGUGGAUUUAAAACUCAUGUUGAUUUAUGAUUCGAGGAGCAUCCUUACGCACCUAUUGAUUCGCUUGCGUGACUUCUACUUAUUUCAGUUUGUGGUCAACUAUAAUAUUGAUAUGGUAUCCGGCACAAAGCUAUGAUUUACAUUUUUUUCCAUAGUAAGAGUAAUUGUCACAAAUUUAAAUUUUAGACUGUUGUUUGACGUCUCUCUUCUAGUGGUCCCUGAUUCUAAGCUUGAUAUGAACCGAUAUAAUGAACUUCCAGCUGCAUAUCUGUUUCUAAAUUCUGAUAUAAUAUCUCCAUUCAAAAUCUGUGGAAUGCGUUAUGUGUAUAUCUCAAGUUCCUCAUGCGUGAGCAUGCUGAUGUUAACCACUGCUAGGAAUUUUGUUGCUUAGAAUAAACUAUGCAAUGAUGUUAGGAGGUAUCUGUGGGUCUAUGACCAUCUGUAAAAUCAAGAUUCUUUUUCUUGGGUUUAACACUAGUGGCGGACAAGUUGGAACAGAACUGCUGAAGGGGUAAUAACCAUGUGCUAAUGCAAUCUUCAUAAUGGUGGUUAGUGGGGAGAUAAGAUAAGAUCAUUGGCUGACAAGGUCGGACAAACGGAUUGCAUUUUAAUUAUCAUGAAGUCCAAGAUUAAACAAAUAUUUUGUGGCUUGGAGCUCUGUUAUCAGAGGAAAUUACAUGCUUUGUAGUGCUCUGUAUUUAUAGUUCGCAUGAGUAGGGACUGGACCAACUUAUUUACGCUGGACGUAGCCGUCAGAUGCACAAGGAUGCUGGACAACUUAGUUGUGUUUGUUAAUGCUUCGUAUUGAUGUAGCUAGUAGACUGGAAAACCUGCCAGGCCGUCCCACUAUUAGACAGGGAAGGUCAACUAAUUUGCAUGCAGUACUUGCCAGGAGUGAAUUCAGUCUCAAUACACUGUUCUGUUUAUUGCAGUCUCGCGGGCCAUUGCAUAUAUUUCUUUGUGCAUCACAUGGGGAUGCCUCACGGUGAGUGACAAGUACAAGGGUUCUUUGAAAACCUGCACAACCUAUUCAGUGACCAGACGACAAUUUGCUUAUUGAGAAAGACUUUUCUGAUCUCCCUAUAUAGAUGAUAUAUAGCAUCAAAAGAUUUUGGAGGAAUAUAGAAUGCCUGCGUUAGCUAGAUGAACAUAUUUCUGUUCGAAGGUCGCACUUCCUCAGACACAAUUAUCCAUUCUUUACCAGGGUAUAUGAUGAUCUAGGAUUUACCAUAGAAUCCCGGCUUUACCAGGGUAGACGAUAAUCUUGACAUAGCUCUCCGCAUCGAAGCAAUCAUUGUCCUGUAUGAGUAAUGAUGACUUUUUCGGACCAGAGAAGUAAUAAUGACUUUGCUUCUGUUUCAAGUCAGAAGGCUGGUUAAGAUGUCUCAAAAGUACGAGGUACUAUGACUUUGAUGACGAUCCCAUCAUGCUCGUUGGUCAGACAUCAAGAAUUCAAUAUGGCCUUUAAUUUGUUCUUUCAGAGCUGAUUCUGCUGGAUCAUAGAUAAUGGCACCCUGCGUGCUUGCAGGUUUUGAAACCUAUUGGAGUCGAAAUAGAAGAAGCUGGUUAAGCUCGCUACUCUUUUUUUAAAUACUUGAUAGAGCCUGACACAAAACAGAGAGCUGCACAAGAGAGUUCUUUUGGUUUAGUGUAACGUUUACUGUUAUAAUUACUGUAGCCUUUCGAUGCUCAGAGGCUUGAUGUAAGUGUUGGAAGAUCAGUUUCAUUUCGCAAGAGAAACAAUUACAUUGUUUGAGUAUAUUUUGUUUCGCUUAAAUUGGGUAUAUUUUGUCUCGCUUAAAUCGAACAUAUUGUUUUCCGUACUUGUUCCGUA